AUGGCGGAAUGUGGUCGAGUUGACAGCAACACAAGCAGUGGCCACACCAUGGAUAAAAGCAUAACUCUUCCGCCUGACGAAAUAUUCCGCAACCUGGAAAACGCAAAGAGGUUCGCUAUAGACAUAGGUGGAUCCCUGACUAAGCUAGCUUACUACUCGACUGUACAGCACAAAGUGGCCAAAGUGCGAUCCUUCGAGCACACCACGAAGGUACGAAUGUUAAUACAUAAACAAGCAAUAUUUCUUUUGAGCAUCAGGAGUUUAAAGUAUCUUCUCUGUGCUCCUCAGGAAGCUGCCAGUGACAAGCUGUAUGAAAUAUCCGUCCAGGAAGAGGUGACCGCACGCCUGCACUUCAUCAAGUUUGAAAAUGCUUACAUCGAAACGUGCUUGGACUUCAUCAAGGACCAUCUGGUCAACACUGAAACCAAAGUUAUCAAAGCCACAGGCGGAGGGGCUCACAAGUUCAAGGAGCUGAUCGAGAAGAAGCUUGGCCUCAAAGUGGACAAGGAGGACGAGAUGACCUGCCUCAUCAAGGGCUGUAAUUUUGUUCUGAGGAACAUACCACACGAGGCGUUCGUGUACGCCAAGCAUGCUGACUCAGAGUUCCGCUUUCAGACCACUAAUCCAGACAUCUUCCCCUACCUGCUCGUAAACAUCGGCUCUGGGGUGUCCAUAGUCAAGGUUGAAUCAGAAGACACAUUUGAGAGAAUAGGAGGAAGCUCAAUAGGUGGGGGAACAUUCUGGGGACUUGGAGCUUUGCUUACCAAAACAAAGCGGUUUGACGAGUUGCUUCAGUUGGCCUCGAAAGGGCAGCAUACAAGUGUCGAUAUGCUUGUUAAAGACAUUUACGGAGGAUCUUAUGGAUAUUUGGGCUUGACUGGAGAUCUUAUCGCAAGUAGUUUUGGGAAGUCUGCAACCGCUGACAAAGAGUUUUCCAAAGAAGACAUGGCCAAGAGUUUACUCCACAUGAUCAGCAACGACAUCGGGCAGCUCGCCUGCCUCUACGCCAAGCUGCACAACCUGUCCCGAGUCUACUUUGGAGGCUUCUUCAUCAGAGGACACCCUGUCACCAUGCACACCAUCACUUACAGCAUCAACUUCUUCACUAAGGGGGAAGUUCAGGCUUUGUUUCUGAGACACGAAGGCUAUCUUGGAGCCAUUGGAGCGUUCCUUAAAGGAGCAGAAGAAGACAAUCCAAACCUGUACAGUUGGGGUGAAAAUUACGCGGGGAGCUCAGGUUUGAUGAGCGUCUCUCCAGAGAUGAACCCGAUGCAGCGAGCUCGCAGCGGGACAUUUCCUUUUGACAUGCUGGAGAUGGACCGUCUGGAGCGGCAGCUGGUGAAUCUGCCUCUCCUCCAAGACCCUUCCUCUUACAUCCCCGACACCGUUGACCUCACGGAGGACGCGCCGGCCCGGGAAUACUGGCUGUACUGCUUUGAGGAGGCGUUAGACGGGGUGGUAAAAAGAGCGUUGGCGAGCCAGCCUGACAUGCCGGAGGCGGCUGUGCGAGCCGAGAAGUUUCGCCAAAAGUACCGACACAAGCUUCAGACCCUGCGCCAUCAGCCGUUUGCUUAUGGAUCCCUCACUGUCAGAAGUCUGUUAGACACGAGGGAACACUGUUUAAACGAGUUCAACUUUCCUGACCCCUACUCGAAGAUUAAGGAGCGAGAGAACGACGUGGCUCUGAAAUAUUACCAGAAGGCGGUGACGUCCUUGGACCAGCUGAGCUCGGAGGACAGGCAGUUCGCUCUGGUCAGAGGCGUCCUGGCUGGGAACGUGUUCGACUGGGGAGCCAAGGCCGUGUCAGAUGUCCUGGAGUCGGAUCCCGAGUUUGGGUUUGAAGAAGCGAAACGGCAGUUGGAAGAGCGUCCGUGGCUCGUUGAUUCCUAUGACCAGUGGCUGGAGAGACAAAAGGGUCCUCCUCACAAGUGUGCCUUGUUUUUCGUAGAUAAUAGUGGCGUGGACAUCAUUCUUGGGGUGAUGCCCUUCGUCAGAGAGCUCCUCUCUCGAGGAACAGAGGUUGUGUUGGCCAGCAACUCUGGUCCAGCGUUAAAUGAUGUAACGAACAGUGAGCUGCAGAUCCUGACCGAGAAAAUCGCUGCAAUGGAUCCUGUGAUUCAGGCCGCCCUGAGGGAGGACCGGCUGACCUUAGUCCAGAGCGGUUCCAGUUCUCCUUGUCUGGAUCUCAGCCGCCUGGACAAAGUGUUGGCGAUGGUGGUGCGCGAGCGGCAAACCGACCUGGUGAUCAUCGAGGGAAUGGGCCGAGCCAUCCACACCAACUACUACGCCACGCUCAGCUGCGAGAGCCUCAAGAUGGCUGUGAUCAAGAACUCGUGGCUCGCCGACCGACUGGGAGGAAAGCUCUUCAGCGUGGUCUUCAAGUACGAGGUGCCGGCGGGGAAAUCCAACGAGUACGACCCAGCGUUGACGCCGUAACGAGCCGGAUGAAGUUCGCGCAGAGACAGACCCACAUCAGAGUUGAGGUGGAGCUCUGAAUGUAAUGACUCAGACGGGGAGAUUUUACAGCGCUUUUUUAUUUUUAUUUUCACCGAUUAUAUUUUGGGGGUUCGAACAUAAAAUAGCUUUUUGUUUUGCAAGUUUAUAACGAGCUCAGUCGGUUUGCUUUGGCUGUUAAUGUCUGCUGAUCACAUUCACCACGGAGAAGUCUUCACUGCCUGUGCUCAGUCCUCUGAACGAUAUCAUGCUGCCGAAACGACUCUUUUUUU